GUCGCUGUCCCCGGUCUUCGCCUCGGUCUCCGGUCAUGUUUAAGCAUGUUGUGGGGAGACUGCUGACAGCUCCGGGAGCUCCGGGAGCUCCGGGCCGGUGCGCGGCGUUUCCCGCGGUUCGUCCCGCCUCCGCGAGACGUUUGAGCGGCGCGAAGAACGAAGCGCCGCCGCCGUUCGACGCGUCUCUGCUGGACGUGCUGGUCUGUCCUCUGUCCAAGAAGCCGCUCAGGUACGAGGCGUCGACCAGCGAGCUGAUCAACGAGGAGCUGGGCAUCGCCUACCCCGUGGUGGACGGCAUCCCCAACAUGAUCCCCCAGGACGCCCGGCUGAUCCAGAAGACCCCCGACGCUCCGGACGCCCCGGAGCCGCAGUAGAGACCCCCACACCCUCCUGGUC